ACGAGGAGAGUCGUUUUGAUAGAUUUCCAUUCCAUCUCCUGUCCCAGACGCUCUGUAAAAUGUAAAUUACAGAUUGCUUGGUGGUUGGUGUGUGACAUGAUUGAUAAAAACCCAAAUAGACGAUGGAGGAGUACUGUGAAGGCGAGGAAGAGGGGUUGGUGGGACAAGCCAUUCAUGAAACCCAUUCGUGGGAUUCAAUUCAAUUUGGUAGGAACAGGUGGACGUGGUGGUAGGUAGACCGUAGAUGAGAAUCCCAAAAUGCCGCUGGAAGAGGAACUUACCAUCCAGUCAAGAUCAGCUGCUUCUCCCCUUUCCCAUCACUCAUCACUCUUCUUAAACCCAUUUUCUCCCGCUAAAUUCUGCUGCUCUCCUACAAACAAACAGCUUUCGUUGCCCUCAAUUCGCUGCUCUUCUUGUUUGGCUCUUCUGUACACAAGGUCUGUUUGCUUGAAUCUAAUUGGAGAUGGCACAAGAACUGGUAGACCCAAAUGUAGAGGUUGUUCUGGGUGAAGAAAUUGACCAUGUGAGAUUGAUCACCUUGAACCGGCCUCGUCAAUUGAAUGUCAUUUCAUCCAAAGUGGUUUCUUUGCUAGCAGAAUACCUAGAGAAAUGGGAGAAAGACAACAAUGCGGAGCUCAUUAUAAUCAAGGCUACUGGGCGUGCUUUUUCUGCUGGUGGGGAUUUGAAAAUGUUCUAUGAUGGAAGGAACUCGAAGGAUUCUUGUCUUGAGGUGGUAUAUAGAAUGUAUUGGCUUUGCUAUCACAUUCAUACAUACAAGAAAACCCAGGUUGCUCUUGUGCAUGGAAUUUCCAUGGGUGGAGGUGCAUCUUUAAUGGUUCCAAUGAAGUUUUCUGUAGUCACAGAAAAGAGUGUUUUUGCCACUCCAGAAGCGAGUAUUGGAUUUCACACUGAUUGUGGUUUCUCAUACAUUCUAUCCCAUCUUCCUGGCCGUCUGGGUGAGUUUUUGGCCUUAACAGGGGCAAGGCUGCAUGGUAAGGAAUUGGUUGCAACUGGGCUGGCGAGCCACUUUGUCCCCUCACAGAAAUUGCCGGAGCUAGAGAACCGUUUGAUAAGCUUAAACACUGGUGACCAGAAUGCAGUAAAAUCUGUAAUUGAGGAGUUCACAGUGGAAGUUCAGAUCAAUGAAGAUAGUGUCUUAAACAAGCAGUCAAUAAUAGAUGAGUGUUUCUCAAGGGAUACAGUGGAGGAGAUCAUAAAAUCAUUUGAAGCUGCUGCAAGCAAAGAAGGAAAUGCUUGGAUUGGGGGAGUGCUCAAGGGAUUAAAAAGAUCAUCCCCUACAGGAUUGAAAAUAACACUAAGAUCGAUUCGCGAAUCAAGGAAGCAAAAACUGUCUGAAUGCCUGAAAAGAGAAUUUAGAAUAACAAUGAAUAUACUAAGAUCCACAAUCUCCGGUGAUGUCUAUGAGGGCAUCAGAGCUCUUACUAUUGACAAGGACAAUGCUCCCAAGUGGGAGCCGGCAGCCCUGGAGAAAGUGCAGGAUGAGAAAGUGGAUUUGGUGUUUGAGCCAUUUGAAGAACAUCUGGAGCUCCAUAUUCCUGAAAGGGAGGAAGAGCUCAGGUGGGAUGGAAAAUAUGAGAAUUCAGCCUAUGCAACAUAAAGCCAUAGAGGAAAGGACUGGAAUAAGCAAGAAGUAGAACGAUGAUGCUUGGGGCAGAGUGUUGUGUGGAAGCUAGCUAGUUAGAGAUUACAUUACACGAUUAUAUAUAUAUAUGAUCCUCUCUGUUAAUUAGAGAGAGCAUGCAUCAGUCAAUCCUGCCUGUUGUUACCCGAAUUCUCUGCUCAGAAGCUUGAAAAAUAAUAUAUUCACCAAUAAGACACAGAUGCAGUACUCA